GUUAGAGUUCACGAUGCGACUGAUUCCUGACAGGCCGCAAACGCCGCGGUGUCUGCGUGUGGCGUGUACGUCACUGUGAUUCCGGCGAGAUACGGAUUUGUUGCCCUUAUUAAUUAUUUCGUUGCUAGCGACUCGAAUUGAAGCUUGCACAUCUUGACCUCACUCAACAAAGUCGUCAUACAUCAAAACAUAUCGUCCCCCGCCCUCCCAACUGUAUCCCACUUUCCCAUCAUAACCACACUUAGCACAUCAUGAAGAUUCUCACAAAGGAAGAAGAGCAGGAGCACUACAACGCUACCAUCUACGGAGGUACCAUCGGUGGUCUUCUUGGUACAGCAGCUGGUGCAGUUGGUGUCUUGGGCGCCAGCAGGAAAUACCCUGCUUUCCGUGGCCUGUCGCUACCUUUCCGCGCUUUCCUGAUCACCAGUGCUGGUACUUUCGCCGCCAUUAUCAAUGCCGACCGUUACUCGCGUGGUUACGAGGUCAGCCGCCAUCCCGAGAAGGAGUACACCGACAAGCAGCAGACCCUGCAAUCCCAACUCGAGUCGCAGAAGCCUUUUACUCAACGUGCCACCGACUGGGCCUCGACAAAUCGCUACAGCAUCGUCUUUGGCUCAUGGGUCGCCUCAAUGACCACUGCCUUUGGUAUCGUCGGUCGCAACCCCUACCUCAGUGGUCAACAAAAGCUCGUUCAGGCUCGUGUUUACGCUCAGGGUUUGACUCUGGCUGUCGUCAUUGCCAGUUUGGCACUGGAGGCCAAGGACAAGAACAAGGGUGAGGGCCGCUGGGAGACCGUCAAGGUCCUUGACCCCAACGACCCUACUCAUAAGCACGUCAUUGAGAAGAAGAUUCAUCACGAGCGCUACUCUGGUGAGGAUCAAUGGAUGGACAUGGUUGCUGCCGAGGAGGAGCGCAUCAAGGAGCGCGAAGCUGCCGUCAAGCAAAGAGAGUCCUCGGACGAGAAGAAGGGAAAGCACGUCAAGAAGCACGAGGACCUCGAGCACGGCGAGAACAAGUCCAACGUCAGAGCUCCUUGAGCAUCUGAUCACGCGACACAUGCAUAUUCGAAAAUUGCGACAAAACAUAAAAUACCACCAACGCGACAACUCUGAUCAAGCUUUUGUGGAAGCUGAUCUGCAUAGAUUUGGGUGGUGAGAACGGACGAGGGCUGCAGGGCGGCCUUCGUCGAUAUAAUUAACGACCUUGAAAUUAUUCGAUUGGUUGAAUGGAUAGUAGAGUCUGUAACACAGCUUUAUCUCACGCGAGCACGAU